UUGUCUUCAUGAUGUCCAUCAUCUCUCUGCUCCUGCUGGCCUCUCUGCUGCCACACCUGACCUUCACUGCUCGUGUGAAUGUGGGUAUAGUGAACGGCAAAGAAGCAAAACCCCACUCCAGACCUUACAUGGUUUCUAUUCAGUUGACCAAGAGACAUGUCUGUGGUGGAUUCCUCAUCUCUGAUGAGUUUGUCAUGACUGCUGCACAUUGCUGGAAAGGAUAUCCAGAGAUUCUGACGGUUGUGGUUGGUGCUCAUGAUUUAAGGAAAAGUGAGAUUUCAGACCGUGUCGAAGUGAAGUCCUACAUCCCACAUCCAUACUAUACAUUCUGUUCGCUUCAGAAUGAUAUCAUGCUUUUCAGGCUACAGGAAAAGGUCAAACUAAAUAACGAUGUAAAAUGGAUAUCAUUACCAAAGGAAGGAGAUGUUAAUGGAGAUACUCUCUGUAGUGUUGCGGGCUGGGGAAGACUGUGGAUGAAUGGCAUAUUGAGCAGUCGUCUAAUGGAGGCAAACAUGACUACAAUAAACCACGCAGUGUGUCAACAUAAAUGGGGAUCCAAGUACUUCGAAGCCUCGCAGAUGAUCUGUGCACAUGGUGAUGGAGGAUCCUGCAAAGGAGAUUCAGGAGGUCCUUUGGUUUGUGGAAACACUGCAGCUGGUGUCACAUCUUUUGUGUCCAGAGAACGCUGCAAUUCACCUGAGCGUCCUAAUGUGUACACUAAGAUUUCAGCAUAUCUUCCAUGGAUCCACCAAAUCAUUAGAAAUAUUAAGUGAAUUAACAAAAAAUGAAGGAAGAAAUGUUUUUUUCUUGAAUUCUUCUGUAAAUCUUUUAAUAAAAGUGUCA